AUGGAUAUGCUAAGGGCUGAGGAAAAGCGAUGGCUUGUGGUUGGAAUUUGCCUUUCAAAAGUUCUUACGCCUGCAAUGAGGAGUGUCAUUAGGCAAGAAAUGCAUCAGUUGUAUCAGAACAUGGUUCUUGCACCAACAUGUAUACAUUCACAAACAUUGUCUUCUCAUCAUAGAAGCCUUCCACCUUCUACUGUGCGCCUUAAUUAUGUGAACAUCAACAACAAUGCAACACAAUCAUCUUAUCACAGCUAUGAUUACUGUGUUAAAGAUGAACUGUCAUUAGCAAAACUGUUUGUGAAGCCAUUCAUGUCGGGUUUCACAGGUUUUGAUGAAACAUUGGAUUUAUCUGCAGCACUCUCUAUUUUAUGUGUAGCACCAAACUUUGUAUGUUAUGGAAUUGACAUUAUCGCAAGUAAUGUACGUGAUUGGGUUCGUAAUGAAUGGGGACAUUGUAAUUUUGCAAUUUGGACUGAAGCUUAUUACCAGAACUGUUUUCAGCUUAUGGAAAAAUUGAUCACAAGACUGAAUCUAUCUGAAGCAUCAGAAGAAGCUGUUUUGAAGGACUUGCAAGAGUGGAGAAACAGAGGUAGGUGACAUUUAGGAACAUUUUAGUUGAGUAUUUUUUGGCUGAUAAUUAGCCCUUAGUAGACUGGGUUUGAAAAAAUUUUGGGAUUUGUUGGGGGUGGGCACUGUAACGAUAGGAUUUUUAGUUAUCGAGUUCUUUCAUGCUUGCGCUUCAAAAAUACAAUAUUCAACGUAGAAAGCUUAGAUCAGCAAAGCGUAAACGCUACCAGUUCUCCUUCAGUCACCCGUAAACAGUUGUUAUUAGUGUUAAACUGUAACAGCCACCUGUCAUGUCCUUUUGUGUAACUGUUAUCCACCGGAACUCUUUAAAAGUAAUUAAUAUUGUAAAAGGCGAAAUUCCUACUAAGCCAAUAGUUUAGUAGAUUACAUGAUCCUUUAGAUUAUUCAUGACAUUACGUUAUCCAUGUACGUUAGGUUUAAAUAGGACUGUCCUGUAAAGCUUAGGAGUUGGGUGAGAAAGGUAGGAAGAGAACGGGGUCGAACCCGCCCUGGCCAGGUCCGUUCUGGUCAAAAUUGUAGUCGAGCUUGCGGAAUAAAUCUACGUUGGAGCCAACCCUGUUGUUGUUAGUCAUUCUCUCAAGGAUAGUCAGCAGCCGUAAUAGAUUCCGGUUACCUCCCCGCAGCCAGCGAGUGCCCCCAAGGAGAGCCUUUACCCACAAGAGUUUUAAGAGUUGUCCCCGUCCGUCCGUUCAUUUGUGAAGGCAAAACCCUGUUUUCACAGCACACAAAUUGUUUGCCUCAGCCUUUGGCUUUCGGGGAUAAAUUAUCCGUCAGGUAGUGACAUGUUACAAUGUUUUUCAAUAACAGAGUUCAAUAACUGUUUUUAUCAUUUUGAUCAUCAAGUUUAUUUUUCAAAACUCUUUUUGUGAAAAUUACCUUCAGUUCUGAAAGCCUAGCAAAGACGUUGGCCCUUUUUGUAAGUUAGAAUAGCCCUGAUACAGCUACAAAUGGAAAGAAUACCAUUUGAUGACACAAAAUCACUGAAUGUUAUUGAUGUAUUUGUGGCUCAAUCCAGACCUCCACUCAACCUUAAUCAAAUUCUCUAUUUAGGAGUGCACUUUAGAGUUUUAAUGUCACUAUUACUGGACUCCUCAAAACGAGUUUGUUUUUUCCCAUUAGAACUGGCUUUUUUUCUGCUGGCUUUGUUUCUUUUCUAAGGAAGUAGGGGGUUAUUGGGUGAUAACACUCCAAUAAUUUUGUACCACGUGAUAUAAAGUAGAAAAUAGAAUCGCACAAAAAUUAAUGCGAGGUUAUAACAAGUUUUAUUAUUUACUGGGCCUAAUUGUUUUGGAUUCUUGUCUCUUAUAUAGCAAUCACUCAAAACUUUAACUCGUAGAUUGUGAGCCAAUCCAACGAAUAUCUCUUCUUGUUGUUUAAGGGAUGGACAUGUGUUUCGGACAACAGAUCAUCAGUGACGUGUUAAAGCUUGUUCAAGAUGAAAUGGCAGUAUUAUCUACAUCUGUUGACGAAAAUAAAGAAUCCUGGAAACAAGGCCACGAGGGUCUGAUGAAUACCCUUCACAAUUUGAGAGAGCGAUUUGCCGACGACUUCAGUAAACUUGAAGCGAAACAUGCUGCUUUGGAGAGUGGUCUAAUCUCUGUUAAAGAAGAUCACUUGAAACUGAAAGAAGUAGGAGUCAGUUUGUCACGAGGAAUAGACAAACUGAAUUCAAAAGAGGAGACUGUCCCUCCCGACAAGUCUGCGAGCGGUAAUUAGGCUUCAAUUGGAGUUUAAAGACCUUUUCGAUAGGGUAGUAAAACCAAAGCUGAACAAAGGUUGAUACUCUGAUAGCUAGAUUAUGACCAUUAUAACGACCAAUCAUAACGCGUCUAGUAUUCAGUUCACAACGCUAUAGGCUUAAUUAGCAGCUUGAAAAGCAUUGUCUGAUGCUGUUUCUUUAAUUACUAAAAACUUAAUAACAUGGGUUGUACUUAUAAUCAUUUGCUUUCAUCUUCAGGACUGCACUGGAAAUUGCCCGUAGCUGUUCUGCUUCUUGCAGCUGUAUUGUUCCUUUAUGAACAAUCUUUCGGAGAAUGCGGCAUGUUCCAUUAUUGGUACUCCAGAGCAGGUAGAUGCAAACACUGAGAUACUUUUCAGCUGUUUCAUGGCACGCCAUUGCUAUCCACUUGUCAGUGUAUUAAUCCACCCUUAUUAUGAAAAGUUAAUGGCUCCUUGAUUUUACGAAAUUGUAACAUAAAUUAAGAAGCAAAGAGAGAUAGAAGAAAGAACAAAAAUAGCUUGUGGAAAAGAAAAAGGGAAAUAGUUUGGCACCAAAAUCCACACAUUGACAAACGUCGUUUAGGAAACAAGUUGUUGUCAAUAUGUCAGUCUACACAAACUUCGUUAAGUUAAAGGGUGUGGAGUCUACAAUUGAGAGUUGCGAGGAGUGACCUAGGUUCAGAACUCCAGGGCCCAGUCGUUCAAAGUGUGGAUAACGCUAUCCAACGGAUAAAUCGCGAUCCAGAGGAUAACUGCCAAGAAAACGUACUGCGCUAUCCAACGGAUACCGAUUUAUCCAGUGGAUAGCAUUAUCCAAACUUUCAACAACCGGGGUCAGAUAAGAAACGGCACAAAAUGAUUAUAAGAAUUGGAAAUUCCUAUAAUCAUCGUCAUUACAGUCAUGACCAUUAGAAUCUAAUUGCACCUGUACAAGGUUGCGAUUCUGUCGGUUCUGAUUUGUUUUCAUUGUAUGGCUCUCGUUUUAUCCGUGUGGGAGACGCGGUUCCCCAACAGUUAGUCUGCUGGAGUCAGGGUAGAGAGGUCUGGGUUCGAGACCUAACUGAGUCAAUGUUGUGUUCUUGUUCAAGACACUUUACUCUCACAGUGCCUCUCUCCACCCAGCUGGAGUAUACAUGGGUACCGGGAAGGGAGGGGAGGGGAGGUUGAGGGGGGUCGAACACCUUACAAAUGUACUAGAAGUAACUAGACACUUUGUAAGAAAAUCGUCAGGGAAGCCUGAUGAAACGCUAGGGGUACCCUUGCGAUGGACUGGCACCCCGUCCAUGGGGGUGUGGUGAUACUCUUAGUCGCUUCAUGACAAGGGAACUGGGAUAAGUUCUGGCUGGUGGGGUCACUUGGCUCGAGUUCAGACUUUGUUGUUGUUUUGAUAGAUGCAUUGAAACAGGUAAUGAAUGUUGUUUUAUGAUUUUUUUUGUCUCAGCACUCUUUUGGAAAAUUGUGGUGGUUAUUCUCCUCGUUGGGAUUGUGAUCUUUCUGUAUCAGUACUUCACCCGUGGAACUAAGCUUCGCUACUGGUAUUGUAACUGUGGCUGUAUACCAGGCCAUAAGCUUUCGUUUGUUUACAAGACAUUUGACCGACAGGUACGAUACGUGCAGUUAAUCUUUGAAUAAAUGCCUCGCGGCACGAUAAUUUUGCAGAGCAAAGAUAUUUUUGUUCGGUAAAGACGACAACAGAUCAUUAAUACAGAAAAAAACGCGAUGUUGCCUCAUCUUUGAAGACAAUUUUCAAAUUGUUAGGUUAGUCUUAGGAAUCUCUAGACGCAAAAAGUGGUAAAUUUUUAGAUACGCUUUUUAAUGGUGGGGAUGAAAAUUUUUUUGGUUUCCGAAGCGUAGUUCUCCUCUAAGUUCUGGGAAUAGUGUACCAUUCAACGGUAGGUGAAGCCAUAUUUGCGGCACAGGAUUGGCCAUUUCGGCACCCUCGUGGAAUCCCAAACAAAGGAAGGGAUCUGAAAAAGAGUCUUCUUGGGUAUCAGGGCGUUUUGGGGGAUACAGUUUUGUAGUUCAUCACCUCUUAACCCAUUAGAUUCUGAUUCUUAAUUCUCCUUCUUAACUGCUACAUAUUUCCUUGUAAAUUAAGUAAAAGAAUUUGGUGUUAGAUCAAGAUAACUACUUCUAUCUGAUAAGUUUGAGUAUUCUCAUUACCUUUUUUGCUGAAUAAUGUAUGGAUAUCGUUUGGAGAAGUUAUAUGCACAUCACUUCUGGGUACUAAAGGGUUAAAUGAUGGCAGAUCAGGAAUCUGAAGCUGCUUUGUUCGAUGAUUAACAGUGUUAUCUACAUCAUAAUUCCAUUACUUUAGACGCCAAAGGUAAAUGGAAUAGAGUUUGAUUGGGAGAAGUUAAGAAACAAACUGGGUUUGACAUUUGAAGCCAUGGAUCGUCCAGGUAUUUUAUAAUUUAAUCUUGACUAAUUCGUUCUUUAAGACCCAGAACAACAACAAAACGAACAGAAAAUAAAAUAGAAUAGUGUAUUCUGAGGUUAUAAAACAAAAAUCAUCAAAAGGGAGAUUUCUCACAAUGGCACACAUUACAAUGCCUUAAGUUGUGAUCAGAGCACUGCUGCUGAUCAUGCGUACAUGAAAUUACCUAACCACAUUUCAAGGAACGAAAUAUCAUUCGCUUUUGUUCAGUUGUACCGACCUGUGCUCAGGACUGAGCCAAGUUAAGAUAACAAAGAAGUUAUAGGGAAUCUGAUUGCUCUUUUUCUGUAAUCGGAUUCAUCUGCUUUGUGAGGGUGAACCUCGAAAAAAAUAAUCGCAUUGUAAUGUGGAAGUCACCAAAAUGGGAUUCCCAUAGUUGAUGGAACUGUCUAGACCAGUAGUGUUUUGAAAUGUUCUCUAUAAGACAGUUAACUUCACAGUAAGGUGAAUGCACCAUAUGGAUGAUUAGGAUAAAGCUAUGGUGCUAAGAUGUGAACUCUAUGUCAGGGGCUAUCUCGCCCACUUAUCAGUCAUUCUAUGACUUGUUUGGGUUAAAACAAAAGCUAGAAAAUCGAUCUUUCCAACAAAAGGUGCCUUGCGGUCCACGUUUUUCUAAGUGGGCACACGUGUUUCCAAGGACGAAGCGAGAGGAAGAGUAAAGUUGUUAUUCUUAAACAAUUUUAAGGCUUCCUUAAUCAAGAUGAAUUGGGAAGGAAACUCUUUCUAUAUUCAAAGUAAUAGCUGCACUGACUCAUUUCCUUUCCUCUUUUCUUUAAGGAAUGCACUACUACCUCAACAUAGACCGCUGUGCUUACGGAGGCGUUGUUCAAGUGGCCUCUUGGUUAGAUAACAUUCCUCAAGUAAGAGGUCCAGAGAUCUUUGCGGUAAACUCUGAGUACACUCAAGUGUACUAUCACGACGACGGCGAGUGGCAUCCAUAUAUAAGUGCAAGAGACAUCCGUUAUACUACCGGACAUAGAUAGAUUAAUCAGCAGAUUUAUUUGAAGGGGACAGAAUCCUCAUGAAGAAAGCAUUAAUGUGUGACAGCUUAGAAAACUUUUCUUCAACUGAAAUGUUGGAGGAAAUUUAUCGCGAGCGUGGGUUAAAAGGAAAAAUCUCUCUUUUGUAAUGCAGAUUUGAGUCCUCACCCUUUGAAUACUGUGAGAUUGUCCACUACUAGGCAACACAGUGAGGCAAGUAAGACAAAGCUACUUCUCAAAGGAGGAUGUGGAGUUGUAGUUAUGGAAAUGCAAAUGUUGCAACUAGUUAAAGAACUGAGUCUUUAGAACGUUUUGAUAAAUUUAGGAUUUUCAGGUCGUCAUUAAUGAUUAACGCACAAAUUCAGUCCUGGGGCCUUCUCUUCUUCUCUCUGACAUCGUCGCCUACCUCCCAUUACUAAGGUUGUUGCGUGGUCCUUGCUGCUAUAAAUAAUUAAAAACUAUUCACCCUUGCGGAAUUAGCUAGUGAGAUAAUAUAGCACACAAAGACGAUUUAAACUCAUUUAUUCCUGUAACGAUUGCAAUAUUUUUGGCACAAGUCCCACACGAGUUGCUUGGAAAUGAAUAGCAAAGAACAUUCGGAGUUUUAGUAGCCAAUCAGAAUGCAUCUUUUUACGUUAUCCACUGUUUUAUCAUAUACUGAUUUGACUUAUACCUGGAAGGUAUAUCAUCUUAUCCUAAGAGAUAUCGGUUUCCAGCAAAAGCCACUUUUCUAAAGAAAAGCAAAAAGCAUUCUCGAAUAAACAACGUUUUUUGCACAAUGCAACUACUUUCGUAAGUGACUUCAAUGUUUUCGUAGAAAUCCCGUGGGGAGUGGGGGCACUAACUCAUUUAACCUGAACAAGUAUAUGUGUAAAAACAUGGUAUAAAAUUUCACUGUUUCAUCUCU